UGUCGUAAUGCGCUAGGGUUUGACUGAACCAGAGGGGGGGGGGGGGAAUAAUUUUCUGACUGAACCUUUCCACACGUGAGAACUGCUAGCCACUAACACUUUUGAUUUUUAUGGAAUUAAAACCAUUGGUUAAUGAUUUAUCAACCAACUGCAAACGAAAAUAUGAAAGGAGACAUUGAGGAGCAGAUGGAACAAUCAGAGUCUUCCCACGGUGAGGAAGAUGACGGCCCGACCAUUGCGAAAAGAGCUAAGCCGGAGGUGGUGAAGGAAAUGGAGGGGAUCCUCCGUCCAGUGAAGUUGUCGCGCGGUGAGCUAUACAAACCGCCCACCGCCGAAGAACUUAACCAACUGAAGGAGGCUGAGAGCCUAUUCCACUGCAGCCUGCUCAAGAUGCAGAUGGAGGAGCUCCUGAAGGAGGUCGCCCUGAGUGUGCGCAGGAAACAGCAGAUAGACUCUUUUGUGCAGAAUGUCACUGAGCUACUCAAGACUGUACCACAGACACCUGUUGUAGAGUUGAGUGAUCUGUCAUGGUUGUCAGGAGGGGUGAAGGUCCCCUUUCUAUUAGUGCCAAAGGCUGCAAAGGGCAAGUUUCACAUGGCACCCCCCAUCUCUGUUAACAUCAUUGGCAGCUACCCACUGGGCACCUGCACCAAACCAGGCAUCUCUGUUGACGUGGCGGUCACCAUUCCUGCUGAUGUCCUGCACCCCAAGGAUGCCCUGAACCAGAGAUACCCACGGAAGAGGGCUCUGUACCUAGCAGGCCUGGCACACCAUUUGUCCUCCUCUUCUGCCAUCGGGACCAUGCAGUACUCAUGUCUCCAUGGCAACCGCCUUCGCCCCCUCCUGUUGCUCUCCCCUCCAGGGAAGGAGAACUCUGGCUUCACCUUACGGCUACAUGCCUGUCCCCCCCCGGGCUUCUUCAAGCCCAGCCGCUUCCACCCCCAAAGGAACAACGUCCGUACGGAGUGGUACACCGGCCUGCGGAGCAGUCAGACCGGGGCGGUAGAGCCUCCCACUCCCCACUACAACAGCUCCGUUUUGGGGGACAUGCUUCCCGCGGCCCACCUGCAGUUCCUGGCCGCCGUGCACUCCCAGUGCUCUGCAUUCACAGAUGGUGUGGCCCUGCUGAAAGUGUGGCUCCGACAGAGGCAGCUGGACCAGGGCGCUGGGUGUUUCAGUGGUUUCCUGGGCUCCAUGUUGCUGGCCUACCUUCUUACCUCCCACAGAGUCAGCAGCACCAUGACAGCCUAUCAGCUGCUCCGAAACAGCCUGCAUUUCCUGGCGUCCAACAACCUGACGGAGAAUGGCAUUUCUCUGGCCAGAGACCCAGAUUCGACAGCGCCCUCUCUGGCUGAGUUCCACAGUGUUUUCCAGGUGGUCUUCGUCGACCCGUCUGGACACCUCAACAUGUGUGCCGACAUGACCGCCUGCACAUACAAAUGGGUGCAGCACGAGGCGGCGCAGUCGCUGCAGUUCUGGGACGACCCGACUGUGGACGGAUUCCAUGCCUUACUCAUGACGCCUAAACCCAUGAUCCGGACCGCCGACCACGUCUUCCAGCUCUGUGGACUGGCCCAGCUGCAGGCCUCCUGUAAGAAGCUCAAUCUUCUCAACGAACUCAUGGACCACAGCGGAAAUUACAUCCUCACCGUUCUCCCCUUUAUCUUGUCCCUCCUGCAACGAGGACUGGGAGAAAGGGUCCGCCUCCUCACCCACUCCCUCCUCCCUGACCCUGAGUGGUCAGUGGAAAGUGAAGCUCCGAAGCACAAGGUCCAGCCACACCUGUCCUUUGGCCUUCUACUGAACCCGGAACAGGCUGUGUCGGUGUUGGAAAGAGGACCACCAGCGGAUAGCGCCAAGGCUGCUGAGUUCCGACAGCUGUGGGGAUCUCUCUCUGAGCUGCGUCGGUUCCAGGACGGGGCCAUCACUGAGGCUGUGGUGUGGGAGGGAGAGACCAGCUGUCAGAAGAGACUGGUCCCUCACCAGGUCAUCAAGCACCUGCUGCAGCUCCAUGCCGAUAUACCGGAGUCCUGUGUGAGAUACGUCGGCGGGAUGCUGGACAGCGUCAUCAAAGUGGGAGAAGUGUGCAGCACGGGUGAGGAGGAGAGUCUGAAGGUGGUACAGUCGUAUGAUGACCUGAGCAGGAAGCUGUGGCGUCUGGAGGGGCUUCCUCUGUCCAUCACCUCUGUGCAGGGGGCCCACUCUGCCCUGCGCUACACCCAGGUGUUCCCUCCAGUGCCAGUGAAGCUGGACUACACGUUCUUCCACCGCGAUAAGACGUCUAAGUGCCUGGUCCCCCUGGAGGACAAGCCCUGCCCCGUCUACAUCACACCAAUCAAAGUGAUAUGUCACAUGGAAGGCAGUGGGAAGUGGCCUCAUGACAGAGUGGCCAUCCGCCAUAUUAAAGCAGCCUUCCACAUCAGCCUGGGAGAACUGCUGACACAACAACACCACUACACCUGCCAGCCCAGCGCCACACACCUGGACGUGUGGAAGGAUGGCUUUGCGUUUAGGAUCCAGGUGGCGUACCACCGCGAGCCGCAGGUCCUGAGGGAGAGUUUAAGUCCAGAGGGGCUGCUGAUUGUCAGGGACAACGAGGAGGCUCAGGCCCUGGAGAUGGCCACCAUACACCAGCCCUUUCUCACCAGCACGCUGCAUGGACUCCAGCAGCUCCAUCCGUGCUUCGGGGCGGUGUGCCGUCUGGCCAAACGCUGGUUAGGAGCACAGCUCUUCAGUGAUGUCAUCUCAGAGGACACUGCUGACCUGCUAGUGGCGUCUCUCUUUCUGCAGCCGGCCCCCUUUACUCCUCCAGGGUCUCCUCAGGUGGGAUUCCUUCGUUUUCUCCACCUGGUCUCCUGCUUUGACUGGAGGAACAACCCUCUGGUGGUUAACCUGAAUGGCCAGCUGACGGCUGCAGAUUACACUGAGAUCAAGAAUGACUUCAUCGCCUCCAGAGAGUCUCUGCCUGUCAUGUUUAUCGCCACACCCAAAGACAAGAAGGUUUCUUUCUGGACCAAGCUGUCUCCAUCCGUACAGAUGCUUCAGAGGGUUGUCUUGGUGGCUGCAGAGAGCCUCAAGGUCCUGGAACAUCAGCUGAUGGACGCCAGCCAGAUACAAGACAUCCGGGUGGUGAUGAGGCCUCCAUUGGACGCCUAUGAUGUCCUCAUCCACCUUCAGCCCAGGCAGGUGCCCUUACUGAACCACGCGGUGGACAAACCUCAUGUUACCUUCAGUCGGGGCGUCCUUAAUGUCGGCGUCCCCAAAACAGGACAGGCGAUGCCCGUCGUUGACUUCAGCCCAGUCGCUUGCUACCUGGCCGAGCUGAGAGAUGCAUUUGGGGACCUGGCUGUGUUUUUCUGUGACCCCUACGGAGGAACGGUGAUCGCUGUGCUCUGGAAACCCAAAGCGUUCCACCCUGUGCCGUUCAAGACCUCCCAGAUGGUGGCUCGGCGUGUGGAGGUGACCGGAGAGGAGGCUCACACCGUCCCCAAUGUUGAAGCAAUCUUGGAAGACUUUAGGAUAAUGGGCCAGGGUCUGGUCAAAUCAGUGGAUCUUAGAACGGAGAGAUGGGUCGUGUAGACUGAACACACACACACACACACACACAGUUAUAUUUUACUACCCAAUCACAACUCAUUGACAGUUUUGUAAUGCAAAAGUAAUGUUGUAAUAGGCCAUAUACAGUUGUGAUAAACACAAGUGGUACAGAUCGACUGGAUGUGUGUUGUAAGGAACUGUGAGCUGUGUGCUUUUAUGUUGUCUUAUAAAAAGUUAUUUUCGAUCA